AUGUCUAGCAGGAUCAUCGCAAAAGCAUCGGGAAUCGCGUCCCGUCAAGCUUCCUCCUGUAGAACCUCUCCAUCAAUCGAAUCGAUCCGCAUCUUCUCGACCACCGCCCCAGCACUAAACGAUAGCGGCCACCACUUUGACACCCACCGAUUCGUCGAGAAACUGGAGCGGGAGGGUUUCACACGCCAGCAGUCUGAGGCUAUCAUGAAUGCGCUGGAUGAAGUUGUGACUGAGAGUAUGGAUAACUUGACCCGCAACAUGGUUACCAAGGCUGACCAGGACAAGACGGUGUAUACGUAUAAGGUAGACUUUGCAGCCCUAAAAUCCGAACUCCAAAUGCUGGAAAAGAACGACUUCUCCCUUACAAAUACCAACAAUGAACGCCUCGUCUCCGAGAUUGAAAAACUCCGUCAACGACUCCGUGAAGAAGUCGCCCGAACCCAGGCUGGCGUCCGGUUGGAUCUGAACCUGGAGAAGGGCCGGAUUCGGGAUGAGGCUGCAACUCAAGAGUUGAAGGUUCGCGCGACGGAGGAGAGGAUUGAACAGGAAAUUGCAGCGUUGAGGACUCAGAUGGAGACGAUUAAGUUGCAGACGUUGCAGUAUAUGAUUGGAACUAUUACUGGUGCUGGAGCCUUGAUCCUUGCAUAUUUGCGCAUGUUCAAGUAG